CCGCAGUUAUCCGGACCUUGGAUCAUGGCGACGACGAAGGAGGCGUACACGUUCCCAGAGCACUACAGCUUCCCUCCGUUCUUCACACUGCAGCCCGUUCGAUCGACGCGCGAGAAGCAACUGAUCUUAUGGAAGGCACUUGUGCUGGAUUACCACAAGGCGAUGAACCAACCUGUGCUCACACCAAACUCGACUUCCAUCUUCGAGAACCAGCAGAUCAAUCGAAAACUGUCUAUGGAGGCCAGGACGGCCAUUGUCACGUACCUAGUGCGUUGUGGCAAUGCUGAGUGGGAAGACGACACGCACACUCGACUGCGCAUCUUCUGGAAGCCUCCAGCGGAAUGGGCUGCUGAAAUUUACACAUUCGCCAAUGACCGCGGCAUGAUCAACAACGUAUACACCGUCUACGAGUUGCAUUCUGGUGAAGAAACUGAAGGCGCAAGUUUUCAUGGGCUUGAGCCGUGGCUCCUUCGCAAAGCACUCGAAAUUCUCGAACUCGAGGCCAAGGCGGCCAUCAUUCAUGGUGAUACCCCUGACAACGAUGGCGUGAAGUUCUUGGCAUCAGUAUGAAGAGGCACGCAAAAGGAGUACUGAACUCGUGAUGGCACUGCAUCAGUAAACACGACGUAGCGUUAGAACAAGUACAUUUACCUCCACAUCUUCGCA